UAUCCGUUCGAGCAGGUCCUAUUGUCUCGACCGAAGCUCGUGUGGUGUGAAAGACCCUUUUGUGAGAACCUGUGUGUGUGUGGGUGAUAGUGAUAGUACUGAUAGUACUCUAAUAGUAGUACACCGAUAGUGAUAGUGCUGUGUGUGAAGAGUGAAAGUGCCUGAAGAACACUGAAGAACGCUUUCAGAAAGAUCGAUGAACUGACCGAAGACCGCCGAGCGCAGUGCAGCGAAAGCAGCAGCAACCCGAUCGUCCAAUCCCGACUUGACGUGAUUUGGAGCGGGUUUACCCUUUUAGACACGCAGUUCCAAAACACACAAACACAAUGUUAAAUUUUGUGUUCGUGGUACUGUGUGCGCUGGUACUGGUUGGCGGGGCGCUGGGUGAAGCGGCACUCGGCAACUACUACAAGGACGUCGUGCGGGAGCAGCACGAACUGAUCAAUGAGAUGAAUCAAAACUUUACCGAGCUGGAGCGGGCGAGCGAAAAGCUGAUCGAUCUCGGGUUCUACGUCGGCAAGCACAAGCUGCCCCCGAAAACGGUCAAGAUCACGAAAACGGUGGCGGUCCAGGUGCCGGUACCGUUCCCGGUGAAGGUACCGGAACCGGUCCCGGUGCCGGUCCCGGUCGCCAAGCCCGUCCCGGUGCCCGUCCCGACGCUCGUCGCCGUACCGGUCGAGAGUACGGUGGCGACCGUGGCCUCCUCCCCGACCGACGACGGCGGGCGUCCGAGUCCGUCGGCCGAGCCGGCGGACGCGGACCCAGCGUCGUCGCAGGUGCACGCGAGCACGGCCCAGGAGGUCCAAGAGUACGUACACUCGUUUCCCAUACACUCUGUAUACGACGCUGGCGACGAUUACAAUCCCAUGGAAGGAAACCGUCUCGCACUAGCGGAACACACUGCAUCCCCUACUGAGAGCACGUUCAGUAAACCAAGUCCUUCUUCACUUCAACAGUUGGAAGAAUACCAGCACCCUCCACAGUACUACCACUCCCACCAGCGCCCCCCCGCACAGCAGCCGAAGCGGCAGCAUCCUCAGCAGCAUCGUAAGCCAACGGCGCCGGGACUGGAUCAGGCCGCGGAACAGUACCACCGGGGACGCACCGGGGACCAACGAUAUGGCGGUGGUGCUCAAGUUCAAGCCGGUGCGCAUCCGGCUGGCCAGUACGGACCUGAGCCUGAUGCGCUCCAGCCGGCGGCCGAGCCGUAUGACUUCGGCAUUGACGCUAGCCAACUCCACUCGGCCGCGUUCGCCCGUGCCCCGGAUACGCCCUAUACCGUUGCGACAGGCGUCGCCGGAGGCAAACCUUCAUCGGCUGCGCCGUCAGCGCCAUCGGCCAUCGGUGAGGGGUACCGCUUCGCCACCGCGCACCACCUCCACCAGCAGCAGCAGCGAUUCCAGCAGCGAGGAAGAUUCGCGGCUCACCAAUACGAUCGAGGAGUCGGUGGAAGAGUCCCAGUCGCUGGAGGAGUCGGAGGAUCGGGAGAAUCUGGACGAGUAUCAGGAUCUGACGGAGGAGCUGGACUCGCUGGAGCAAAUGUCGGAGGAGUCGGAGGAGCUGGCCCCGAAACCGGUUCGCACUCGUACGUCCAGUACGUCGAAGACGCGGCACUCCAAGCGCACGCCCAAGUCGAAGAAGUACCGCGCUACCAAAGUGAAGGCGAAACGCGACUCCAGGCAGGGUUCGAAGCGGGAUUCCAGGCCGGGCUCGAAACGACACACCAAGCGGGACUCGAGGCGGGAUUCCAAGCCGGUCUCGAAGCGGACCAAGAAGCCCAAAAAGGUGCGCAGCACGACCACGACGACCUCCACCACCACCACAACAACCACCACUACCACCACGGCAAAGCCUACGACCACAACGACCGUACGCCCCGUCCAUUCCAAACCGUACGGGAGUCGUACCCACGGUAUGAGAAGCCCGACGCUGCCCGCUAUCCACCCUCACAGUCCACCGCGGGAGACGCACGAGGCAGUGCCGGCGGCGUCCUAUCAGAAGCCUACGAUCACCCAGCUUUUGCCAAGUCGCACCGACCUGCUGCUGCAACCGGACCCGUACCAACCGCUGCCACCGUUACCUCCACCGCCACCACCCACGGUUACCCGGUACCGGGGGAACGGUCCCUUUACCCGUCGCUAUCCACCGCGGGCCACCAUCAUACGCAUCCACAUCCAGCGCACCUACCGGGGGAAGCGCAUCAAGAUCUUCGUGAUCAAGCCCACCACGACAACCACGACGACGACGACGGCGCCGGAUCUUCUGGACAACUCCGCUUUCCCUUCUAUCACGCCACCAAACACGAUCCCCAUCUUGUACGGGCUGGCGUCGAAUCGUAUCGUGCAGGCGGUGCCCCUUCCGCAGGACCAUCCUAUCAGCUCCGCCAGCAGUACGGGGAACACGCGCAGUCCUCGACGGGCGAUCGGGCCGCGCAAGCCGUUCAUCAUCACCACCACGCAGGCGCCAGCUACCACAGCGAGCACGGAGGCGAUCAGUUUGGCCAGCAGUACAAGGGCAGCUACCCCGCCAAGCCCACCGUCUACAGUGUCCCCAGUGACGCACACCUUUAUCCCGAGUACGGCGGAAGCCACAGCGACAACCACCAUCAGGGAGGUGGACACGACGACCACGGUACUACCGGCAAGUUCCACUAUCACUUCCACAAUGUCCACCCGAUUGGAGGCGGUAACGACGACCACCACCACCAGCAGCAGUCCUCCGCCAGUGAGCACCACUACACAGCCGUCCACGGAGGGCACGCCAGCGCCGAGUACGGCGGUGGUGCUGCCGGACCGGACGGAAGUGUCGUAAGCUCGUACGAUCCACCUGCCAGCGGCAGCGCGUUCCACUUCCACGACGACGCAUCGGCGGCCGCUUCGAGCGAUGUGUACGCAGGGGCAUCGACCCAGUACGGUCACUCCUCGCCCUGAUCUCUCGACAGCUAGGGGUCUGGCGGGAAAAUUGACUCCAUUUUUUGCCGUUUUUCUUUGGGCGUUGGGGAGUGGAAAGCACACCCCUUAAACCUUUUAUGCCUCGGAGUUAUUUAUUUUUCGCAACUUCCAGGUGGAAGUUCUUCAUAAAAAUGUCCAUCUUUUUUUGUUAUUGCUUAGCGACUGCUCUCUAUCGCCAUGCGCAUUGAUACGCGUGAUUGCGUGAUGCGCAUGUACUACAAGCUUUCAAUUUCCAAACUACCCGUUGCGCGUCCAGCGUUACGCACGCAUAAGAGGCAUUGAAUAAACCAAAGGGUGCUGCCAUCUACCGGGAAACACAACCCUUUCCUGCCUUGUACCAGGAAACUCGCCAUCAUAACCCAACCCUACACCCAACCCUCACUGUAGCAUCAUAUCCUGCUGUGUAAGGAUGAUGAUGUAAGAAGCAAGGCAAGCGCUGAACACAGAAAAGGAAGCGAACGUCACCCGUGUUAUCGUUUUCGUUCAGUGGAUCAUGUUUUCCCGCCAACGCGUGUUGUUUUGUUAUAUUUUGUGUUUGAUACGUUGUAUUUUUGUUUUGUUAAACACUUCCUUCCUUAGUUCUUCAUUUUCCUCCAAUUUUUUUUAAACAUUACACCCCUCUGCGCCGUAACCGUGUGCGUGUCGUGUUAGCGUGUUUUGUGUUGUUGAUUAGUGGUUUAAGAAUGUAUACACCGUUCGCCCCAUUCGCUUGUGGGCUGGUCUGGCAACGGUCCGCGAGCUUUACGCCUCACACUAAUGUUUCGCGUUUUUUGCGCUACGUUUAUACCUUGUAUAAUUAAAAGGGGCAACUAGCAGUUUGUGCCCCGCGCCAGGUUGUGUUUUUGCGAAAAAUCUGGCACUGGGCCCUACCGCAUGCCGUCAAUAAAUUGUAAGUCGAAAAUCUAAUCAUUGCUAAAA